AAAAAUGAUUAGUGUUUAACCACCGUAGUCGUAUUUAGAAUUGGGAGUUGCAGAUUCAAGCUUAGUGAGUGACUGAAACAUAAUCUCUUGAGAAAAUCCACCCCAUUAAACCUGAAAUAAAGAGAAAAAGAUUUCAAAUGUGUUCCAGAAAUUAUGCAGAAGUCGGGCUUCCAUUCCAAGACAUCGACGGAGAGAUUCCCGCCGAAAUCGGAAUCUGCAGGUUCUCGGGCUUCCCCGCACCAUCGAAAGGCUUCAGAAGCUCCAAGUAUUGUCGCUCUACACCACAAUGCUAUCCGGCGAGAUUCCCGCGGACAUUGGCAUUUGCUCGGAGCUCAUGGACGUGUACUCGGGGUCGCUGCCGCCGGAAAUAGGGAAGCUCCAGAAUCUGCUGGUGUGGCAGAAUAAUUUGGCGGGCUACAUUCCGGAACAAAUUGGGAGCUGCAUGAGUUUGACAGUCACAGUGGAGGAGAAGAGAGAGAAAGGGGUUGGGAAAGGGUAAGAACGAAGAAAAAUGGAGGAGAAAGGGUUUCAACAAUUUUUUUAUUUUAAUUCUAAGCGGGUUUGGGUCAGGGUGCAGAUUGGAUUUGGGUCGGGGGCAACCCAAGUUUUUGUGUAAAAACAAAUACAAAAUCCAAAAUUUUGUCGCCUUCUCUACUUAUAAACGCAGAUUAGUAAUACUUCUCUGCCAGAAAAUAUUAAGAUACCAUCUCUGUGUCAUUGACCUCGGAUUAUUCGGCUCCUCUCUCUCCAGAAUCAUCUUGCCUCGUUGUUUGAGGUCUCCCCCUAUAAGAAAAAGGCAUUUGGGUGUUUUUUACUUGUGGGGAGAGGCUGCUGGUUCGCGAAGCCAGCUCAACUUCUGCGAGCUUGGGGACCUCUCUCGUAGUACAUUUUGGGUGGUGGGUGUUAAAUUUUUUGAUAUCCCUGUGAUUAAUAACAGGGUUUUCUGAAGACAUUGAGAGGGUCAGUAGUUUUAAGGGAUUGAAGUUAUCAACAGGGCAAGUAGAUUUUGUGAAGGUGUAAAGGGGGUAAAGCGGGGAAGGGGGGUUUCAGGGGUUGGAGUUGAGUGUUGACAGUAGCCAUGGGUGCUGCUUGUUGCUGUUUGAGGGAUGAAUUUGAGGAUCUUGCUAAUCCAAACAACCCAAUGUACAGCAACUGCAUAUGCCUUCGUUGCUUCCUUCAGAAUUUUGUGCAUAUGUAUGCAUCUCUGUUUGAUAGAGGGGAAGAGCAUGCCUUAUCCUCAUCCACUCAGGGAGCAUCAUCUUUAAAUCCUAUGGUAUCUCUUGAUAAUUCCCUAGCUGAGAUGUACCGCUCUCCUCCAAGACCUCUUCCCUAUGAUGCAGAUCCAAGAAGCUUCCGCUUGCAACAGCUUGAUAGGCUGGUCUCGAGAAGAGAGAAAGGGUCGGGUCAUUCGCAUGAUGAAAGUGAGCCAUUGAGAACUAGCGGAGCAGAUGAGCAAUCAGAACUCUUGAGUAACAAAAACAAAUGGAAUGAGUUUGCAUGUGAAGAAGGAUCAAAAGAUUAUAAUUCAAGAUUAUCAUUCAAGCUCUCAAACUCCAAAAUGGCAACAGGAUUUGCUCAUAUUUAUGCUUCGCCAGAAGAGGAAGAUGUUUGCCCCACAUGUCUUGAAGAAUAUACUACAGAAAACCCAAAAAUAAUUACAGAAUGUUCUCACCAUUACCAUCUUGGAUGUAUAUAUGAGUGGAUGGAGAGAAGCGACAAAUGUCCCGUUUGUGGGAAGGUGAUGGCGUUCAAUGAGACGACGUGAUAUAUAUUCGUGAAGUUCUUGUCGUGGAUGAAACCAACACCAAGGCGAGGAAUAACAACGAGGCCAAGAAAAAUGUAGAACACACCUUGCUAGAAUUGAUUUGAGUCUUUGUAAGCUGAUUUAAUUCAGCAUAAACACCCAUUGGCUUAUAAUAAUUUUUCCUCCAAAUUACUUCCUCUACUGUAAUUGUAUAGUGUACAGGUCUUUUUGGCUAUUGUUUUCAUAAAGAAAGCAUAAAUCCAUAAUCAGAUUAAAUAGUUUGGAGAA